GACAUACCCAAUAUGGCUAAUCUACACGACCAUCAUGAGGAUUUUCAGCAAUCCCCGGCCUGCAAUUACCCUGAAGGAUCCUGAAGUGAAGUAUGCAUUGAGGCUGAUUGAUAAGGAGGAAGUUAGUCAUGACACAAGAAGAUUCCGAUUUGCUCUGCCUUCCAUAGAUCACGUUCUGGGUCUCCCUAUAGGACAGCACAUCUACCUGUCUGCACGGAUUGAUGGAGCUCUGGUUGUCAGACCUUACACUCCAGUUUCCAGUGAUGAUGACAAGGGAUUUGUGGAUCUUGUUGUCAAGAUCUACUUCAGAGGUGUCCAUCCCAAGUUUCCUGAUGGGGGGAAGAUGUCCCAAUAUUUAGAGAGCCUGAAAAUAGGGGACACUAUUGACUUCAGAGGACCAAGUGGCCUACUUGUCUACAAAGGAAAAGGCAAGUUUGAUAUUCGGCCAGAAAAGAAAGCUGAACCAGUUACUAAGACAGUGAAAUACGUGGGCAUGAUUGCAGGUGGCACAGGGAUAACCCCUAUGCUGCAGAUCAUUCGAGCAAUCAUAAAAGACAAAGAUGAUCCCACCAUCUGUCAGCUGCUGUUUGCUAAUCAGACUGAGAAGGAUAUCCUGUUACGUCCUGAGCUGGAGGAGAUCCAGGCCCAGAAUCCCAGUCGCUUUAAGUGUUGGUACACACUGGACAAAGCACCUGAAAAUUGGGAUUACAGCCAAGGAUUUGUGAACCAAGAGAUGAUCAGAGACCACCUGCCCCCACCUCAGAAUGAUGUCCUGCUCCUUAUGUGUGGACCUCCUCCAAUGAUCCAGUAUGCUUGCAUUCCCAACCUGGAUAAACUGGGCUAUGCCAAGGACAUGAGGUUCUCCUUCUAAAGACGACUGGUGAUUCAGGGAUCUUCUGUAGAAGGGAAGAAGUAACUAAAGGGGAACAGGACAAAGUUACAGAAGGUGGUUGAUGCACAGUGCUGGGAAGCUACAUUUAUAUUAAAAAUGCUUCAUAUUUUCUGCCUCUCUGGCAAGCAAGACACAUAAGCUCAGCUGUACUAAACCUGCACAUGGAGACGUAGUGAUGUCUAGUGCUCUGUGUUGUGUGCUCUGUCUCCAGGGAGGACAGUGCAGCUGCUUAGGGCAGCACACUCUCAUUUAUGCUUUUCCUUAGUGCUGUAAUCAAGUGGCAGUAAUAUCCUACUUCCUAACACUGUGCAUACCCAGGACUUUAGCUGGUAUCAACUCUGAAUGUACUAGAAUGUGUUGAAUUAUUCAUCUUGCCUAUGCCAAAUUGUAAUCCUUGCUGAGCUCUUACAGUAUGAGGGCCAGGAGUGUUUGCCUUGAGUGCAUAAUCUUUGCAACAUCCGUUGAGAGAAGCUUGUUGGGUUGAAGGAUGCC